CAGAGAGGAGCUGGUGCUGCUGUGGCGCGUCUCUUGGCGUCUCUUGGCAUGUCCCUGGCAUCAUGGACCAGCGCCUGUCUCCAGCGUAGACCCUCCUGUUCGAUUCUACCGGGAUUUAUCUGCAAGAACUGCAGGAUCCGCGCGUGCCAUCUUCUCCAAACGCAGAAUCCAGCAUGCAGUGCGUAAGUUUGCUGUGAGAGGCAGAGAUGGAGACUGCCCGGUUACUCCUCCGCCUCCUCCUCGUCAGCGCCCCCUUCCUGUGUGUCGGUGCAACUCCGGUCUACCUCUCCGGCCUCACCCCCACGCAAGACAGUGAUCUAGCGACGACUGCUGCAUCCUCGCUAAAUAUAGACACAGGACUAGAGCACACUGGACCAGACGGGGCAGAAAUUGCGCCCCACGCUGAAAAUGGAAGAUGGAACAAGAAAAAAGAACUGAAAAUAACAAGACAAGUCCAAAACACACAGGCUGCGUACGGGGAGGAUGUUAGCUUAGCCUCUACAUUAGCGACGGAAAGUGAAAACAUCGGCGAGGAGGACUCUUCGGAAACUUGGCUCUCACCUUUGGACAGUGAAGAAGUCCCGAAACAGUUCAUCAGCCCCCAAAUGUCGACCGAAGGAGCGACCAUGACGACGAUGCAAGACCCCGUCAUGUUGCCCGCCAUAGGACCCCUGCCCAAAGAGGACGGAGCGGACAGUCUGUGGACGGAGGCCGCGAGACCCAGCGGAGCAGACACGAUGGGCCCCCUGUCCCAGGACGAUGCCACAGAGAGCACUAUGUCGUCCGAGUCUUUGCCUCUGAUCUUUGAACCGCUGGAAGACGUCUCACCAGAGGGGGCGCUCUCUGACCAGCCCAGGCCCAGCUCUGCCACUGUGGAGACAGACAGCGAAGCCCCGCCUCCGCUGCUCCCCGACUGGACAUCGCCGGGACAGACGUCUGGCACUGAGCUGGAAGAGCCAAUCAGAUUGUCCGAUGCAGCUCAAGGGGAGGAGUCUGAGGCUGGAGAGGAUCAGACGUGGGGUGCCGUCAGGACGUCAGGCGUAGAGGAGAACUCACAAAGCGCCCGCCCCUCCCUCCCGUCCCCGCAGCAUCCCACGACGACGGUGACCAUGACGACGGCUGCCAUGACAACGCAGCAUCAGCAUCAUCAUCAUCAUCUCCCCAAAUCCAGACCCGGGUUUGACGAGAUGGAGUCUGAUGAGGAUCGAGAUGAAGACGAGGAGAACUCAGAGGAGUCAGUGGAGGAGAGCGAGGAGGAGCUGAGCGAAGCCCCGGACGCCUCCACACCUCCCCCCUACAGCCUCAUCCCUCCUCCCCCCGUGUGGGUCCAACGCAACCAGGGCCUCAUGAGGAGCUGGGUAGAGCUGAUCAGAGAGAAGGCUGGUUAUGUGUCCGGGAUGCUCGCUCCUGUUGGAAUCGGGAUCUCAGGCGCUCUGCUGCUCGUGGGCGCCCUCUACAGCAUCAGGACGAUACACCGCAAGAGACGCAACAGCUUCAAACACCAGAGACGGAAGAGCAGACAACCGGAGCAGCCUCGUGAGCCGGGUGUGAGCGGACAGGACCAGGCCAUGCUGCUGGCGGACAGCUCCGAAGACGAGUUCUGAGCCAGAUCCGGGUUUUUAAGGCGGAACCGAGCUUUUAAGGUGGAACCGAGCUUUUAAAUGGAGCCGAGUUUUUAAGGUGGCGCCGUGUUUUUAAGGUGGAGCCGAGCAGACCUGGAGACCACAUCCACAGAGGGGGGGGGGGUCAGUCUGGACCGUCCCCGUGUCGGACCUGGAGCUGUGGACUGGAGACGGGACAGUGGCAGUGGGACUAAGGGCUGCACAGAUGUGGGGGAAAAAAUAUCUUAAAGCAAAUUUUCCUGCCAGUUUUUGGGAUUGGGAUUAGAUUUGGGAUUUAUUUAUGUUUUUAAAAAGUAGGUUUCUGUUCAGAGUGCACUUCGUAAACAACCCCGGAGCAUCAACAUUUGAGAAAAUACUGAAAUCUGAACUGAUAAUCUAAUUCAAGAAUCCCAGGAAUUGUAUUAGUCUAAUUGUGGGGGUUGGGUUGCCAGGUUGUGUUUUUUCAGUGAAAAGACAUAUUUAUUUAUUUUUUAAUGUCUAAAUAACUGCAGUCUAUGUGAUAAUACUCAUAAUUGUAAUUCCGAUUGCAAAAUAAUGUGCAGCUCUACUAUGGCAGGAUGUGAAAUCUGUUUAGAGAUGGAAAAGUACCCAAACGUUGUACUCGAGUAAGAAACGGUUCCUUCAAAAAAGUAGAAGGAAAAGUCGGACACAGACACAAUAAUGAAAAAAAAUAUAUAUAUAUAUCUGAAGAAGCACAAAAGCUCAGAUCUGGAGACUCGCCCGCAGCGGUUUAACGAGCAAAACUGACUACGAGACUGUAAAAAGAGUAAAAGUACGGCGUCUGAAAAGUACUACAAAGUUACUCCGUGAGGUAAAUAUAUCAACUCUCCUCUGAAUAUUAACGUGACGAUUUCUGAGCUGCUCUGUCCACGAUCAGUUUAACGUGAAAGUGUCUGACGUCUCUGUUCUGUACAGUUUUAAACGAUGACAUCACGGUCACAUGAUCAGACCGGUGUCGAUGUAAAUACAGUGAACGUGUCCACUAUGUAUUUGUCUAAAAAUGUUUAAAAAUAAGAUGAAUAUUUGAUCUAAACUAUCACUGACUAAAGUUUUCUGUUCACUUUUGUUUCUGAGUCCAGCGUAAACGAGUUGGAAAGAUGCAAGAUGGAAGAACGCACCAGUUUAAAUGUGCGAUAUGUAACGUUCUGUGGAGUGUGCGCCACCUGCUGGUCUGGAGGAGUUAUUGCUUUGCCUGGAACGUUCUUUUCCUCGGAUCCAGAGUAAACGUUUCCUCAUGUGUCACAUUUGAGCCGGUGUGACACGCAACAGAGGACGAUAUCAGUCUGUACAAACAAAUACACAGAGAUAUUAGUCUGGAUUUAUCAGGCCUGGAAUGUUGCACGGUGUGGCUUUAAACAGAUUAUCUACACAGUGACGCCACCUGGUCAAGUCACAGGUCGUAUCUGUGGAGAGAACGAACUCGGGUUGUUGUUUUUUUAAGCAACGAAAACACCUGUAAUUCAAUAAAUUCAAGAUUACGGUUAAUAUCAUAGUGUGAAACAAAUCAGGAAAAGCAAAACAAUCUCCAUAGAGACGAGAACAUCCUCAUGGAGACAAGCUGGUGGUGGAAAAACCCACUAGGAAAGUUGCACAUUGCUCCUUUAAAUGAGGUCAAUAGGUGAAAGUUCACGGUCGACGCUGCAGAGGCUUUGAACAGAAGUGUCUCAGUUUUAUUAUUGACAUUUUCUUUCAGUUUUAUCUUUGUUUGACUUGAAAAACUGAACUCACGCUGGACCCGGAUCGUGAACAAACUGUCCAACCCCGUGUGUGUCGUGUGCAGAGUGUUCUAUGUUGUGUGGCGUGUGUGUAGUGUGUGUAGUGCGGGCUGAACCGAAAGUGUGCGAGCGUCACUGAAAACGCGAAUAAAACUGAAACAGAUCAGUGGUUUUGAAACGUCAAACCCCUCCUCAGCCCGGGGUCUCGUUUAUAAAGUGUCUAUUCACACAAAACUGUUAUAUUUGUGAUUUUUCAGAUGACGUUUGUGAUCUAGAAAAAGAAAACGUGACGUGGCGUUGAAGCUUUUAGAGACAGAAGAACGUUUGAGCCCGAGAUCCAGAAUAAACAGCUCUACAAAACUUUACAAACAUGUGCGUCUGAUCACGAGUGAAUCUCCGCCGAGUUCAGAUGGGCGUGAUUGACAGGUGGAUCGGCCAAUCAGAGACACGCAUGGUCCAUCUGUAUCAAAACAAAUGGAAAAAAUAUCACAAGAGACUGAAAAACAGGCCGGAUUUCUGCAGAAUUAAUGAGCAAAGAACUAAACUCGGUGAAUCUGACGUGAAGUAAAUGUGAUUUUGUUUAUAAAUGAAGUGUGACCAAUGAGCUCCUUCGUUUCAUGUGCAUCAAGGAAAUAAGCAAAUCUGAUUGGAUGAUUACGUUUGGUUCUGGCUCGAGACAUGACGGAGAGAGUGGGGACCAGACUGAGAUCCAUCUGUUUAAAAGAUACACAGAGGUUUCAGUCUGGAUUUGUCAGGCUACUUUUAGUUAUGAUUUAAAGUUUUAUAAAUGAGACCCUGGAGCCUGAAACAUAAACUGUUUGUAUAAAUAGCAAAAGAUGAAGUUUACAUCUGUCAACUGGACAAAUCGUUCUAAGAGUGAAGCCGCUUCUUCAGUUCUGGUCAGAUUACAUAUAUAAAUGGACAUAGCUAACCUGCUAGCCGCCGCGUUACAAAUAGUUUGAUUGACAACGUUGUUAAGCGCCUGAUCCCUGCUAAACCAGCGGGAAAAAGGGCAUCAUCUUCAACAGCCGCCAAGUUACAGAUAGAAAGUGAUCAUGUGCGCACUUCCGGCUACAUCGACUCUGGCUCCAAUUCACUUUCUACGUAAAAACUGUGUCCUCUCUCUGUCUCUGCUGCUUCAGACUCGUCAUUUUGGUCUUAAAUGUUCAUAUUAACCCUCUACAUGAUCCUGGGGUUCAUUUAUUAUUUUUAUUUUUUUUGUUAUUUUGACUUUAUUUAUUUUGGUUGUUUUGGGGUGUUUUUUUGUUUAUUUUCUUUCUUUCUUCUUUAGUUAUUUUGAGGGGUUUUUUUGUUUUGUUUUUUUACUUUAUUUUUUGUUUUGUGUCCUCUCUCUGUCUCUGCUGCUUGCGACUCAUUUUGGUCUUAAAUGUUCGUAUUAACCCUCUACAUGAUCCUGGGGUUUUUAUUUCACUAUUGUGUCUGUAAAUCAAGACAUGAACAUUAAUAACAGACAAAUCAGACGACUUCUUUCCCCAAAGUUGCUACUGCUAACGUUAGCAACAGGUUUGAUUGACAGCGUUGCUAAGCGCCCGCUCCCUGCUAAACCAGGGGUGCGGGCGGGAAAUGGCGUUACCUUCAACAGCCUCGCUCCUGAUUGGUUCGUUGGUUGCUAUGAUACUCACGGUCGGAAUUCCAAAUUAGCCACUAUUCCUGCUCCAGCCUCGAUUAGCUUCAUUUGGCGCUGAAUGCUGUGGUGACGUCACGCUCUUUACACACUCGUGCUCUGGUCCGAGUGUUCGUUCUCCAUGGCAGAGUUUUGAAAUGUCUCUGCAGAUAAAACUUGAAUAAACAAACCCUUCCCUUUCUCCACUCCGAGACGUUACCAACAAAAACAGCGACCACACGAGUUACAGCAUUAAAAAAAAUCAAAUAAUUUAUUUCUGUGUUCUUUUCCACAUUAAAUAAAAACUAUGGGACAAUUCCAAAUCAAAAUUCCUAAAAUGGGACAAUGGGAAGAGAGGGAAUUUCUUGGAGGAACAAAAAUUAUACAUGCGGAAAAAUAAAAAUAAAACUCUAGCUUCGCUCCUUUACCGCAGGGAUGGAUGAGAGGAUGGAGCGGAGGACAAAACCAGGACAUACACUGUAAAAAGCAACAUCUGGACCAUUUAAAACCUCUGAAUUCACUAUUUGAGCUGUCGUUACUUCAAUUUUUAAAUAAAGCUGAUUCAAUUUUAUAUUUUUUCUUAAUAUACCAGACAGUGAGAUAGACAUUUUGAGGAUUUGAGGAUGCGCAGCGCUAGGUUUAGCACAAACAUGGCUAUUUUGCAUUUAUCACAUAGAUAUAAAUUCUACAUAUAUAAUUCUUUAUAUUUUUCCUGAUUCGUAAUUUUUAAACAAAUUAUUUCUACAACUUCACACAUUUUAGGUCAAUAAAUCUACUAACAAAACCGACUCAAACCCAGACGUCCUGUGUUUGACAGUGUGGGGUUAAAGUAGCAGCGUCGAUCACGAGCGAUUGGGAGUUUUCAGAGCCCUUUGUUCAUUUAUUUAAAUAGAGCACCUCAAAUGGCAAAAUACUUUUACUUUACAUCCAGACAAAAGCGCCAUUAAUUUAAAAUAUUCGUCCGGGUUUGAGUCGUUUUGUCUAGUUUUUGUAUAUUUCUUUUUAAACGUUGAAUAUGUGAUGUUUAUGUUUUUUUAGUUUGGUUCAUUUUUGGUUUAUACAUUUGGCUAUAAUGUAAAAAAAAUUAGUAAAAUAUGUUCUAUACGUUUUAAAAGGUGUUUUGCUGGUUCUUUAACAUGUUGAAUCAGUGUUGACCAGCUUCACUUGAGUAAAUAUAUAAAUAACAAACCAAGAUAUUAUUUUUUACAGUGUACGGGUGGAAAAAAAAUUCAAAAUGGCCGACAAAAAAAAAAAAAAAAAAUCAGGUAUUAUUCAAAUAUUUACGGUUCUCGUCAGUCUUUUGUAUGUCCUCUUUCAGAAUGGGUUUAAGUAGCACAGAAAUGUCUAGAAAUCAAUCAAAACACAUAGCCCCAUACCAGAUAAUGAUUAACAAAAACAUGGUAACGACAUUCGAAGGACUAAAGAAACAACAUGGGAUUUUCACGGGGGGGGGGGGGGCAGCUCGUCCAAAAAAUGCAUCAGCGAUUUUGAAAACGUGGGGUUUUUGUAAACAUCUUCAGCCUUCGAGUCUGUCAAACGAACAUGCAUCGUCAUUUUAGUAUCCAGACGUUUUAGUUUAAAUGUGAUAUAAUACGACAGAGAAGCAGAGUGUCGCCUCUACAGCGCCCUCCACUGGUACUGCCAACUCAUGUGGAAUUUAAAUCUUAUAUUUUGUUAGUUUUGAAUGAUUUUAGUUAGAACUGGGAGACUAAAAUAUAUCUACAGGAGAAUGGCACAGGUUUUUAGGUGCUGGGGUUAGCCGCACGUUAGCGUUAGCGUAGAUGCUAAUAUGUGAAGGAGGGCACUGUACUUAAACAUUUAGAAUUAGAACAUUAUGGAUUUAAGUUAUUUAAACAGUUCAGUUUAUAUGUUUUGGGUCAAUUUUUGAUUUUGGAUGUUGUUUAGUUGUAUUAUCUGUAAAAUAAAUGGACAAAAAUAAAGGAUU